AGCAGCUUUGCGUUGGUGCCAGUCGGUGCGGCGGUCUAGUUUCUAGAAAGCAAUAGAGAGGUUGUUGCUUGUGUUGUGAUCAAUCGGAAUGUUUGAAAACGCUGCAGUGACUGCACAUGCAACUAGUGGGCAGUCAGAGUUAGACUAUGUUUGGGAUAUCAUAAGGCGUGACACUCCAAGCAAGCCCGCAUUCAUCAGAGCACUGGCUGUCGAAGGAAAGAUAAUCGACGAUUUGAUAGAAAGUGGCUUAGCACUUGAUACGAUCAAAGCGACAGUUCGUAACGCUAUGUCCGAGGGCAGGGAGCGGCAAGCUGAAAUUCUCCUCGACAAAAUGGCGUCAAGCAAAGAGCUAACAAGUACAAGCAUUUCCUUCAUUUUCUCUCAACAACCAGGUAUCAUCAAUAUUCUAGAACCCGAACUUGCUAAUCGAAUUUGCAGACAAGUCGAUUCGAAGCUAGACGCUUUAGCUAAUUCUACAGCAAACUGGUUGUCGAAAGAAAGGAACGCAACCGUAGACAGAGCGUUUCAGGACUUUGUUGCAACAAGGCAAAGUGACCGUCCGUUGACUAUACUGUGUACAGGACAAGCGGGAGUUGGUAAGUCAACUCUAGCCAAUGCAUUGGGAGGCCACAACGUUGCUAAGAAAAUGAGAGGAGGUAAUGUCGGUACUCUUGAAACGACCGAAAUGUUUUUUCAAGGCGCAGAUAAUCCUUUCGUUUUCUGGGAUACAAGAGGAUUGAUGCCUCACCAAAGAACACAAAACGAAUUCAUCGAUAUGGCAGAGAAGAUUAAAGAAGAGGGCAAAGAUGUCGAUCUUUUGAUUCUUUGCUACUCAGCUACUGCAACUCGUGAUUGUCCAGAAGACGGAGAUAUCAUUAAAUGUCUUACCAAAGUAUUUGGCAAAGAGAUUUGGUGUCGUACUGUUAUUACUCUUACUCGAGCCAAUUUGGUGCUAAAUCCAGAGAAGAAAAUUACUACAGCCGAAUAUUUUCACGAUGAGGGCAUCACAAAGACGAAAGCGUACUUUCGACGUCUUCUUACUAGCAAAGCAAAUCUCACUAAGCAAGAAGCAGAGGAUGUUCCUUGUGUGCCGGUUGGCAGAGAAGCGGAUCCUUUUCUUUGCGAUGGCACAGAAUGGAAGAAAGAAUUUUGGCUGACGUGCCUUGGAAGGCUUGGAAGGCUGCCUGCAGACGUGCAGGGGAUCAUGGCACUAUGUGAGAUUCAGUUUGGCGAAUCUUUGCAAACCCGUGACAAAGUUCGAGUGCUGCGUAAGACGGCCGAGCCAUCAAAACUAACUGCGGGUAGUAACUGGAUUACUCGUAGUGUAGGUGCUGCCAUUGGUAGAGUAGCAAGAAUGCUACAACCAAGAGCUGUAACAAGAUCCCCAAGGAAAGCAAUUUUUACUAAAUGGUGGAUCCUCGUUGCAGUAUGUGGUGCUGUGCUGUGGUACUACUCGUUACAUUCACCCCCUUACGUGAAAGAACGUUUCCAUAACUCGAAAGAACGUUUCCAUAACACGAAAGAACGUUUCCAUAACUCGAAAGAACGUUUCCAUAACUGGAAAGAACGUUUCCAUAACUGGAAAGAACGUUUCCAAAACUUGACAGAACUUCGUAAAUAAAGAACAAUAAGAUGUCUACAGUUACAAAACUGAGCGGGUAUCCAUGUCAAUUGCUAUAUGUAUAGCACGUUUCAUUGAGUCCUAAUGCAAUGUCUAACCUUGCAAGGAAAAAACUGCAAUUUGAUUAUAGUUUUACUUGUAUUUAUAGCUUAUCAUCUCAUGUAAUAGCAAUUUGUUACUUGAUCUAAAUCUGUAAACUGUUUACUUUAUUAAAUGUUGUCAAGCCAAUUUGGAGUAU